ACCACGCCUGCAGUUCAUCCGAUCGGAACUCUUGUCUACGCCAAUGUUUUCCACAGCGACAGAUAUCUGAGUAACUCCUUCCGCUCCGGCUACAGUCUGCGUGCGCACAGCCACAAAGCUAACAACACCGAGUACUGUUACAGGAACCUAUCGUUUACUUUCCUCACAUUUGACUGCGGUUUUACUUUAGAAACACAGAUAGUUGAAGAUGACAGACCGUUACAACAUCCACAGUCAGCUGGAGCAUCUGCAGUCGAAGUACAUCGGCACAGGCCACGCAGACACCAGCAAAUGGGAAUGGCUGGUUAACCAGCACAGAGACUCAUACUGCUCCUACAUGGGCCAUUUCGACCUUCUCAAUUACUUCGCUGUCACUGAGAACGAGAGCAAGGCUCGGGUCCGCUUUAACCUGAUGGAGAAGAUGCUGCAGCCGUGUGGUCCCCCAGCUGACAAACCUGAAGAUGCUUAGGACCGUUUUGACUCGGUCCCUACAGCCGGAUGUUUUCUGUUCAUUCAGUGCUGGGUGACCUUUGAAUCCUCUUGCUUGUGAACCAGUCAAUGUUUUCUCUUUUUUUUGUGAUAUUUUGUAUAGAUUGUUGAAUUACAAGUGUGCUUGAAGAAAAUAAAAUUGAUACCUUAUCACAAA